GACUGUACCACAUCGGACUCGAAUCCGCGAAGGGGGGUCAGGUCUUUGGACCCCCCCCGGCCCGGAUGGUCUGUCCCGGGCUGGCCCACGUGCGCUGGGCGUGCGGGGGUGUCAGGAGCCCCAUGGCCGGGCUGCCGCGGCUGGUGCUGCUGCUGAGCGGCAAGAGGAAGUCGGGCAAGGACUUCGUGGCGGAGGAACUACAGAACCGGUUGGGGCCGGAUGUCUGCGCCAUUCUCCAGCUGUCGGGACCCCUCAAGGAGCAAUAUGCCAAGGAACACGGGCUGGAUUUCCAGCGGCUGCUGGAUGCCAGCGAUUACAAAGAGACCUACCGGCAGGACAUGAUCCGCUGGGGGGAGGAGAAACGCAACACAGACCCGGGCUUCUUCUGCAGGAUAGUAGUGGAGGGCGUAACGCAGCCCGUCUGGGUGGUGAGUGACACCCGGCGCCUGUCGGAUGUGGAGUGGUUCCAGGACGUGUACGGGGCCACGGUGCAGCUGGUGCGGGUAGUGGCGACGGAGGAGACGCGGAAGAGGAGGAACUGGGUGUUCAUAGUGGGGGUCGACGACAUGGAGUCUGAGUGUGGCCUGGACCAGGGCGUGACCUUUGACUGGGUCAUCACCAACGACGGGGACGAGCUGUCCCUGGACAGUCAGCUGGAGAAGCUGCUGCACUUCAUCUACAGCAAAUUAUAGCAUCCUGCAGCGGGCGGAAGGCCGGGUGCACCCAGGGCUCAGACCAAAGAAAAUGUUGGGGGCGGGGUCCAGCAAGCCCCGUCCGGGCAGGGAUCUCGCUGUGGGAGGCGCUGCAGGUGGAGGGCCAGGCCCGCUGAGUGGGGCUGCACCCAGACUCCAUUCCAUGAGGGCAGAAGGCCAGUUCCAGUGGUUCUUUUCAGAGCCUGUUCCGGUGCCCUACUGCCAGUGCUGUUCAGCUUCUUGCCCUGUGGGACCACCCUGCACUGAGACCAGAGCAGGUCCCUGGACCCUUGCCCUGUUGUCAGCCUCCAGGAUGAUCCCUCUCUCCUGGGUGGGACCCAGAGCAGGGGCUCUGCACGUCUGGGGUGGAGGACAGGUCCUUGCUGUGGCAGGAAUGGCGCCUUCCUUCAUGGGGCUGUAUAACGAGCUGUAGCUGCACUGUCUGCCCCACUGCUCACGCCAGGGGUUCUCAAAUGCUUUGUAUUGGUGACCCGGGGGGAGCCUGACGCCUCGCGACCCCCAGGUUGAGAAUCCCUGACUUCGGCCCAGGCUGCUCUGUCCCGGCUCACCGGGUCCCUUUGCAUCCCGGCUCAUUGGCAGCGUGGCCUGGGGCUGCCAUCACCUGCGCCAUGAAUGUCCAGCACCGUUGCCCCUUGCUUAGCUGCCAGCCUCUCUGCACUUCUGUGCCCAGGCAGCUCGUGCCCCACGUGGCGGCAGUUAUCUGUGCCUUGCUGAUGGGCGGGGCGGGAGGCUGUAAUGGUGCCCAUAUACCACCCUGCUCCACCCUGCACUGCUUUCUGGGUCCCGGGGACCCGGAGCUGCCCAUGUCCAUCCAUCUCUCCUGCUACAAACCCCGCUGGGAACAUAGCUCCUCACCGCUGGCUCCCUGCCUGGGUACGCUGAUCACUGCCCACAGCUCCAGGGACAGAUGUUGAUACAAGAGGAGCUCCUGGCCCGAGACAUACCCUGCGGCCAUGUACCUGGCUGCAUGCGGCCCUGCUGGGGACAGGCCUUUCGCUUCACCCAGCCACUGUUCAAGGCAGGCGGCUGGGCCCUGAGGGUCAGAGCUGGCGCGCAAAGUAUUACUGAGCACUUUCUUGACUUGCUUUGCCUGGGCCAAGCCGGAUCGUGCAGCACCGGUGCCAGGCUGGCAGCCUGGGGCUGCAUCUCUGGGUUUGUGACUCUCUACUCGCCUGACCCCUCUCCCACAAGGGAGCCAGAGCAAUGGGGUGUUGCUGCACCUGGAAUAAAGCUGACAGGUGAGAAACACCGA